AUGGCCUAUUUAAACCAAGGGCAUGUGUUAAACCAAACUCAUGGUAUGAACCAGUACGGACCUCCACUUCCACAAGGCUGGCAACAUGCUUUUACUCCAGAGGGUAAAAUCUACUUUAUAAACCACAAUGAUGGAACCACCUCUUGGAAUGAUCCCAGGAUACGUCAGUCCUUGCUGUUAGGAAUCAUAAAAAGGUACAAUUGUGCAACUGCCAAUAAGGAACAAGUUGGACUUCAAGAAAGGGAAUGGAGAGAUAUCAGGUCGAAAUGUAGAGAAGAAGGGAAUGAAGACACCUUGAAGGCAUGUGUAAAAGCCCUGCAGGAACAGGUCUGUGUUAAGGGUUUCCCUUCCCAGGAGUCAGCAGGGGCUGAGAUGGCAAUUGAAGUCUACCAGAGGAUCGAGGAUGUGAUGGAGGUAUGUGUAAAGGAAAGGAAAGUGACAGCUGAAGCAUGUCAAAAGAUGUUGUUUGAACUACUCAUAGGCCUGUUAGAGACAGGACCAGGAAGUACAGCUGCACAUAUCAUACAGAAACGGCUGGUCCGAACUCAGAAUAUUGAUAAGUACUUGGAGGACUUGAAAGGGGAAGAAUUUACAAGAAUUAUUGAAAGCUUGAAAUUAUGGACUCACAGUUCUGAGGGACCAGAUAUGACAGUGAAAGACCAGAGUCAGCAAUGGGAAUACUGCACAUCUAAAGUUUUGAGCAAAACACUUGGGGAUAAGAAAAGUGACAAAGUUUAUGAACCAGCUAUUCAUCAACAAAUUCUGGAACUUUAUCUUUUCUAUUUUGAAAAGAUAGGAAAGGAACCAGAAGAAUAUGCUAAGCAUGUGUGUUCUGUCAUGGAUGUAAUACAAGCUUGUUACCGGGAUAACCAUGAAAGGAAUCCAAAGAAGAACUGGAUUAUGGAUGUUUGGGAUGAUAUUCUAAACAUGUUGAAGAAGUACUAUUCUUCUAAAAAUGCUAAGAAGUACGAAAAGGUAUUAAGAGAUAUAAAGUAUCUUCUGGAAAAACUCCCAGAGGAGGUAUACAAGAAUCACCCAGAAAUAGUGGACUCACUUGUGCCUGUACUCACAGAACUUGCACAAAAACAUCCAGAAAAUGUUGAUUGGACCUCCAGCUACACAUCUCUCAUGAACAAGUGGGCCAGUGCCAAGAAAGGAACUGAACUGAGUUGGCUUAAGCUUCUAAAAGUGCUAGUUAAAACAGGCACAGAGGAGGGUGCACGCAGAUGCUACAAUACCAUAGACGAGGGAAAAUUUAGGAAAAUUUGGAAUUGGAAACAAAAUUUUCAACACGCCAUAGACAUCAUUAAAUCUAUUGGUGAAGCCCAGCUUCAUGUGACAGACAAUAAGGAAAGUGACGAAAAGCGGAUGAAAUUCUGUGGGAACAUUGCACGCAAGCUUCUGGAGCAGUUCUCACUAGCCAAAAUUCCAGAGAAGCUUAAUGGGGAUUUAAUUGUACUGGUCAUUACAACAAUGGAGAGGAAAUCCAUAAUGUUGAACCGUUUUGUGGAAAUAUUCAUUACAGAUUUCGCACUUGCGACAAACAAGAAUGUCAUUCCGGGUGUGAUAAAGAGAUUUUCAUUGCUGCUUUUUGACAGGGAUUACAUGUGGAGUGAAUUUGAUACAAAAAGAUGUGGAGACUAUUUCAUUCAAAAAGUGUUAGAUGCCUAUAGCACUGGGAAAGAAAUGCCUGAUGAUGUCAACAAAACUUUCAUACGGAUGUUUAUAUGGACAAUGCAGACAGAGGAUUUAGAAUUUGUUGAUAUGGAAAAAGGGACAGACACCUUGUAUACCCGUGUUGCUUCACAGCACUUGAGAACAUUUGUAGACAAGCAUAUCCGCAAACAAAAUGGUCACGUUUGUAAACCGCUGAUACCUCCCAUAUUGGAACAAAUGACACAUGAGGAGGAGGACCUAGCUCAGGCAAGCUUGUCAAUUGUUGGGUUGAUUAGUACAAGUGACCCCAAGCUUUUGGAUGGACAUCUCAGCUAUCUCGUAGCAUGGUGCAAAAGGACAGGUUCCAUGGACGCCAUUAGUGCUUUAUGGAAGCCAUAUGAAGAAAGUGAUGGUGUCACUAAACAGGAUUUCCAAGAGAUCAUGCAAGUAAUAGAAAAUAAUGCUGACGGGGAUUUUAAUAUGGAGGGUGUUUUGUUGAAAGCAAUGGGAGAGAAACAACCUGAGCUCUUCACCCAGCACCAUGUUGACUUUUUGGUUGGCCUUUUGGGAAAGCAGUACACACAAUACUAUAUUUUAUUAGUUUUGGGUGAAAUUAUACCUGUGCAGCCACAACUGUUUGGAGAAAACAUUAUCAAACAUGUUUUACAAAAUCCAGAAAUAGAAAUCAUGUAUUCCUCAGCAGUUCAGAAAGUAGCAGUCAACCUAGGACUGAAGAAAAAGGCACUGGUGGACACCAUUUUGAAGGAGCUUGUCAUUAUGUCCAAGAACUGUAAAGAUUCCAAUUAUCAAUAUCCCAUAUUAGAUGCUAUCCAAAUAUUGGCUGCUAAGUAUGGCAUAGAUACCCUCAAGCCUCAUCGGAAAUACUUUGAGGAUUUGCAACAGAAUGGAAAAACCACCUUCUUGAAAGAUGUUGCAACAUCUAUUGUUAAUGCAAUGGAUGGAAUCAGUAUGGAAGGUAUUGUAACAGAUGUCAUACAAACUAAGAAGAAGGUCAAGGAACUCGAUGAGAAGGUCACAAAAGUUGAAGGUGAAGUCAAAGGCAUGAAAACUACUGUUGAAAGACAUGACAAGGAAAUAAAAACAGCCAAAACUGAAAUCAAAACUGUCAAAAAACGUGUUGACGUUGUGGAGAAAGAUGUGGAAGAAACAAAAGUCAAGGUUGAAGAGAUUGACAAAAAGACAAUGAGCAAUGCUCCGGCAUGGUCUCGAGAUCUUACCAAAUUGAUGAACCCAAAAUCUGACCAUGAUUGGAGGUUGUUGGCCCAGCGCCUGGGAUAUUUACCUCAGGACAUAAAAGCAUGGGCCACCCAGAAUGACCCUUGCAUGGCCCUCCUUAGUGAAUGGUAUGCCACCAAUAAGACAACAGAGGCCACUCAUGCAAUACUGACCACACUUCAGGAAAUGAACAGGUUGGACGCUGCAAUCAUCCUGGAGAAUGCCAUGAAGGCAGUAGAGGAUGUGGUGGUGGAGGCCAAAGAAUACACCAAACCUCCACCAAUCUUCCUUAGCUACCAAUGGGGUCACCAGAACGAGGUCAAGUUACUACGACAACACCUUCUCAUGGCUGGCUAUGAAUGCUGGAUGGAUGUUGGACAAAUGGGAGGUGGGGAUAAACUGUUUGAGAAGAUUGACAAUGGAAUAAGAGGGUCAAAGGUCAUCAUAUGCUGUGUGUCAGAAAAAUACGCCAAAUCUCCCAACUGUAAUAGAGAGGUCAACUUGUCUGUCAAUCUUGGAAAGCCUAUGAUUCCCCUCCUGAUGGAAAAAAUGGCCUGGCCUCCUAAGGGCUCCAUGGGACCCAUCUUCAGUGAAUACCUCUUCGUGAGAUUUUUUCAGCGAGGAGGGGAAGAGACUUCAGACAAACGUUUCUGGCCUGUUCCAAAAUUUCAAGAACUUUUGAUGCAACUAAACAUCCACAAAGCCCUGCCUGAUGAAUCACUGAUAAAAAAGGAGUACAAAAACUGGUGGGUUCCUGUCGCAGAGGAAAUUGUCAUCACCAAGAAAAAAACUAAAACUGGAGGACAGAAUACAGCAGACUCGACUGGUAACAAGGAGGAGACCAGUAAGUCCCCAGAUGUAUUCCUGUCUUACCAGUGGGGUAAACAGACACAGAUCAAACAGCUCUACAAGAGGCUUUGUGAGCUUGGUUUGACCUGCUGGAUGGACAUCUACCAGAUGGGAGGUGGUGACUCUCUGUAUGACAAGAUUGACCGAGGUGUCCGAGGUUGUAAGAUUGUCCUAAGCUGUGUGACCACCAAGUACGCAGUCUCUGCCAAUUGUAGACGAGAAGUCAGUCUGGCUGAUUCAUUAAAGAAGCCUGUCAUCCCUCUUCUUUUGGAAAAGAUGGACUGGCCACCAAGUGGACCUAUGAGCAUGGUCUUUACACAGCUUCUGUUCAUUAAUUUCUACCGUGAUGAGAAAAUCCAGAUGAAUUGGACAGGAGAUAAAUUUGAUGAGCUCCUGACCAAGAUAAUAGAACAUGUGCCUAAUGCAACUGGCUGUAGUGAGGAAAUGCAGAAAAAUAUGACAAAAGAAACUUCUGAUAAGAAAACAGAACAAAACAAUACAGCCACACCACAAACAGCUACUCAAGCUGAAACAAACAGUACACCAAAUGCAGGUAAAGAGCAUGCACCACCACCUCCACCACCUCCACCACCUCCACAAAAUCAAAAUUUGGAGCAUUCACCUACUGCACAAUCAACAGCACAGCCUCCACCAUAUACACAACAUCCCCAGUUUGUCCAACCAAAUCCUGCUCAAGCACACAUGUCAGCUCCACCAGCAGCCAAUCAGCAAGCACAAUACCACAGGCAACCAUACAAUCAGCAACAACAAUUAUACGGACAUACACAACCGCAACAAAACGUUCAACCAUAUGCUCAACAGCAACCGUACGGGCAUAUGCAAGUGCAGCCAAAUGUACCACAGCAGAUGUAUGGACAACCGCAACAACACAUGCAGAAUACACCGAACCAGGCUGCCCCAACACAAGCAGGGCGAACCAAUGAAAAAUCGUCCUCCUGUGUGCUUCUUUAG